AUGCCGUCAUCUUCAGACGUGACUCUAGAAAGCCUGGGCCAAGAGGUCCAAAACCUUUCGCUCAAGGUGGCGGAAUACCUGAAACAAGGCAGCAUUCCGGCUCCAUCUUUCCAGGAGAACAGCCCGGCGUUUUAUCCCAAGGAAGCAGAGUGUCAAAUCGCGCGGUUGGAGCUGUUGAGCAAAUUGCAAGAUCUCACUGCGCUUGCCUUGGGCCCGGGAGAAUAUCUUACGGCGCAGGUCGUAUACGGGUCAAUCGACGUCCUUAUUCUCAGCCUCCUCCAGCAGUUGGACUUUUUCAAUGCCGUUCCUUUGGGCGGGUCGGCAACUUAUGAGGAUGUGUCAGGGCAUACUAAGCUGCCUGAAUCUCUUGUCCGCCGCAUCCUGCGAUACGCCAUGACCAUGCGACUGUUCGCCGAAAAGGAGCCAAAUUCAGAUUAUAUAGUGCACACGGGCAUCACUGCGCACGCAGUCCGUAGCCCAGAGUUCCAGGCGUGGCUGUGGCACAUCGGCAUCGUCCAGACGGCAUUCCACAUCCUACCGGACGUGCUGCGGAAACUUUAUGUGGACGGCUCCAGGCAGGAAGUAAGCGAGACGGAGCUCGAGUCGGCAUUUUGCAUCCUCGACCCGGACAGGACGGGCAAACCAACCACGCACUUUGAGUUCCUCCAGCGCGAGCAGCCCGGUCGACCCCAGGGCUGGCGCGAGGCCAUGUUUUCCCAGGCCAUGAGCUCCGGUCGCCACAUGCCGGGCCUGCACCUAGAGCAGCUGGUGCGCUCGAGUUUCGACUGGGCGGGGCUGGGUGCGGGCGCUACCGUCGUCGACAUUGGCGGCUCGGGCGGCCACGAUGCCGCCGUGCUGGCCCAGAGCUUUGGCAACCUGACGCUCGUGGUGCAGGACCGGCCGGAGCAGAAGGCGUCGUUUGAGCGCACGGUGCCGUCUGAGCUGCGGUCACGGGUCACCUUUCAACCGCACGACUUUUUUGCACCCCAGCCCGUCAGGGGCGCAAACGUGUACAUGCUCAAGCACGUGCUGCACGACUGGCCCGACUCCAAGGCGGUCGAGAUCCUACGCAACGUCGCCCCGGCCAUGGUCUCUCCGAGCCAGCGUAUCAUCCUGUACGAGCACGCGGCGUCGGGCGCGCAUCCCGUCCCUACCAACAUCACCCGGACUAUUGCUGCCAUGGACAUGGCCAUGCUGACGAUGGGAAACGGCAAGGAGAGGAGCCUGCAGGAUUGGGAGGUUCUGGUGGCCAAGGUUGGGUCGGGGUUGAAGCUAUUGCGCUGUCACUCGCUUCCUGGGGCUACAGCUAGCUUUUUAGAGAUUGGGCUUGAAUGA